GCGCGGCGCACGUUAGCUCAGCUAGGAACGGGGAAGAUGGCGGCGUCCGUGGUUUGCCGGGUCGCCAGCGCCGGGGCACAAGUGCUGCUGCGCACCAGUCGCUCGCGGGCCUUGAUGAGGAGACCUGCCUUGAGUACGGCAACUUUCGCCGAGGCCCUCCAAUUCAUGCCGGAGACUCAGGUUAGCCUGCUGGACAACGGCGUGCGUGUGGCCUCGGAGCAGUCUUCCCAGCCCACCUGCACGGUGGGGGUGUGGAUUGACGUUGGCAGCCGUUUUGAGUCUCAGAAGAACAAUGGAGCAGGCUACUUUGUGGAGCAUCUGGCUUUCAAGGGAACAAAAAAUCGGCCUGGUAGUGCCCUGGAGAAGGAGGUGGAGAGCAUGGGGGCCCAUCUUAAUGCCUACAGCACCCGGGAGCACACAGCUUACUACAUCAAGGCACUGUCCAAGGAUCUGCCGAAAGCUGUGGAGCUCCUGGCUGACAUUGUGCAGAACUGUAGCCUGGAAGACUCACAGAUUGAGAAGGAACGUGAUGUGAUUCUGCGGGAGAUGCAGGAGAAUGAUGCGUCUAUGCGGGACGUGGUAUUUGACUACCUGCAUGCCACAGCAUUCCAGGGCACACCUCUAGCCCAGGCUGUGGAAGGGCCCAGUGAGAAUGUCAGGAAGCUGUCUCGUGCAGACUUGACUGAGUACCUCAGCAGGCAUUACAAGGCCCCUCGCAUGGUGCUGGCAGCAGCUGGAGGAGUGGAGCACCGGCAGUUGUUAGACCUUGCUCAGAAGCACUUUGGCAGUGUCUCUGGGACGUACGCAGAGGAUGCUGUGCCCAGUCUUACUCCGUGCCGCUUCACUGGCAGUGAGAUCCGCCACCGUGACGAUGCCCUGCCUUUGGCCCAUGUGGCCAUUGCAGUAGAGGGUCCUGGCUGGGCCAACCCAGACAAUGUGGCCCUUCAAGUAGCCAAUGCCAUCAUCGGCCACUAUGACUGCACUUAUGGUGGUGGCGUGGUGAGUGCCAGGAGUGAGCAUGGGACCAUGCCUUCAGAGAAGAGCUGGUGCUGGGGCUUUGUGCUCUCUUGCUGUGAGGAUCAGGGUAUGGACUGCAGCAAGAGGGUUGGUGCUGACUACCUUUUACCCUGGCAGCACCUGUCUAGCCCACUGGCUUCUGUUGCCGUCGCCAACAAGCUGUGCCAGAGUUUCCAGACCUUCAACAUUUGCUAUGCAGAGACUGGGUUGCUAGGCGCACACUUUGUCUGUGAUCGAAUGAGCAUCGAUGACAUGAUGUUCUUUCUGCAAGGCCAGUGGAUGCGCCUGUGCACCAGUGCCACGGAGAGUGAGGUGACCCGGGGCAAAAACAUCCUCAGAAAUGCCCUAGUGUCUCAUCUGGAUGGCACUACUCCUAUUUGCGAGGACAUUGGACGCAGCCUCUUGACCUAUGGCCGCCGCAUCCCCCUGACCGAGUGGGAAAGCCGGAUUGCGGAGGUAGAUGCCAGUGUGGUACGUGAGGUCUGCUCCAAGUACUUCUAUGACCAGUGUCCAGCAGUGGCUGGAUUGGGCCCCAUCGAGCAGCUCCCAGACUACAACCGGAUCCGUAGUGGCAUGUUCUGGCUGCGCUUCUAGGCAGGAAGCCUGUGUAAGCAAGAGGGCGGAGCCAGGGCUCAUGGUUCCCCAUCACCACGACAAACAUACCACUCCAGCUGCUCAAACCCGUGCCACAGAUUACCACCAGUAAUAAAGUCUUCUGUUGAGA